UUUUUGUAGUGGUAAGAACUUUGGCGUGACAGCUCCCACAUUUAACGUCGAGGUAUGGGCGUGACUUUACUAAGCCACGCCCAUGCUCUCAACGUUGUCCAAUCACGCGUCGUCGUGAGCCCAAGAAGGCGGGGCCUGAAAGUGUCUCCACUGACCUGUCAAACCGACUUGACGCAGCGGAGAGCGGAGUCGGUCUCAGCCGGGAGACAUGGAGGACACCGGGGCUACAAGCGUGUACGGGGCUUCGCUCGCCGGGGGCGGCUUCGACGUCCAAAAGUUUGUCCGACAGCCGCAAAGCAUCGUGCGGCUUCUCAGCUGGCUCUUUGCCAUUGUGGUGUUUGCCUGCAUAACCACAGAGGGCUACGUCAACACUGCAUACAGCGCAGAGGCCAAGUGCAUCUUCAACCAGAAUGACUCUGCAUGCCAUUACGCCGUUGGCAUUGGCGUCAUUGCCUUCCUCGCCUGCGUGGGCUUCCUGGUUUUGGACGUUUACAUGCCUUUCAUGAGCAACGCACAGCAUAGGAAAUAUGCUGUGAUGGCAGACCUGGGAUUCUCUGGCGCAUGGACCUUCUUGUGGUUUGUGUGUUUCUGCCUGUUGGCCAGUCAAUGGGGUCGCACACAUGACGUCAGCAGUAUCCCCCAGGAUGCUGCACGUGCAACCGUGGCCUUCUCCUUCUUUUCCAUUGCCACCUGGGCAAUCCUCACCUACUUCGCCUUGGGUCGCUUCCGUCGAGGCGCAAGUGACGUCACUAUCCCAACGUACAGCGAGCCACCUGCGGAUCAACACACUCCCUACCCGCCGACGUACGCCCCCACCUCCUAUAACCCCACGCCGUACACCCCCACCACUUAUGCGGCCUACCCCAGCAUACCCGACACGGAUCAACAGCUUCCCUUCACCACAAACCUGCAGCCACAAGGCUAUCAGCCGCCCACUUACUGACGCAACGGGACGCCUUACAAAGCUUCCGGCUGGUUUGUUGGUAGAUCGCGGUUUGCGUGGCACUCGUCCGCCACCGUGUCAUAUUGAUACAGCUUUUCUCAUAUUGCUAUAACCUGACAAGUUGAGAUGAGGGACACUUGCAGAUGGCGUCCAAGGGUCAAGCUCUCUGGACUGCGGUCAGAUCUUGACUUACAGACCGAGUGCCUAAUCUGACCUGUGUGCUACGACAACACUUACCUCAAGCAGGCAAAAGGAAUGUACGUGCAGGGUUGUUGUGACACUGCCAAGAACAGUUGAUGAUACUGUUCACUUGCAUUUGUACACUUUCUUUGUGAAAUUCUGCCUUUUUAAUCACCACCUGUGCCACCAUUUUUCUCUUAUGUGGAUAACAUCUUUUCCAUGAAUUGAAUAAUUUAUCUUUACAACACUCGAAGUCAUUUGUGGUUGAGUAAAAAGUAGUUGUGGCUCCCAACAAUCUUUGAGAUAGUUUUUUUUUGGUAUUUUUUAUGAGUGUCUAAAAAGACCAGCUUGUACAGAUGCCUUUUAAACGUGUGGCUUACAUUUAGAUAGAGGUGAUUAGCAGAAAACAAAUAAUGCUGAAGUAAUUGAACAGUAACUAAUUAACAGAAAUGUAUCCUGAAAGAGCAACCAUAAGUUUCACCUCAGUCCUGGGAGACUUCUUGUGCUAAAAAGUUGUCAUUACUACAAAACCCAAAACCGGUGAAGUAGGCACGUUGUGUAAUUCGUGAAUAAAAACACAAUACAAUGAUUUGCAAAUCCUUUUCAACUUAUAUUCAAUUGAAUAGACUGCAAAGACAAGAUAUUUAAUGUUGGAACUGAGAAACUUUUUUGCAAAUAAUCAUUAACUUAGAAUUUAAUAGCAGCAAGCAACACAUUGCAAAAAAGUUGGCACAAGGGCAUUUUUACCACUGUGUUACAUGGCCUUUCCUUUGAACAACACUCAGUAAACGUUUGGGAACUGAGGAGACCAAUUUUUGAAGCUUUUCAGGUGGAAUUCUUUCCCAUUCUUGCUUGAUGUACAGUUUAAGUUGUUCAACAGUCCGGGGUCUCCGUUGUGGUAUUUUAGGCUUCAUAAUGCGCCACACAUUUUCAAUAGGAGACAGGUCUGGACUACAGGCAGGCCAGUCUAGUACCCGCACUCUUUUACUAUGAAGCCACGCUGUUGUAACACGUGGCUUGGCAUUGUCUUGCUGAAAUAAGCAGGGGCGUCCACGAUAACGUUGCUUGGAUGGCAACAUAUGUUGCUGCAAAACCUGUUUGUACCUUUCAGCAUUAAUGGUGCCUUCACAGAUGUGUAAGUUACCCAUGCCUUGGGCACUAAUACACCCCCAUACCAUCACAGAUGCUGGCUUUUGAACUUUGCGCCUAUAACAGUCUGUAUGGUUCCUUUCCUCUUUGGUCCGGAGGACAUGACAUCCACAGUUUCCAAAAACAAUUUGAAAUGUGGACUCGUCAGACCACAGAACACUUUUGAACUUUGCAUCAGUCCAUCUUAGAUGAGCUUGGGCCCAGUGAAUCCAGCUGCGUUUCUGGGUGUUGAUGAUAAAUGGCUUUGGCUUUGCAUAGUAGAGUUUUAACUUGUACUUACAAAUGUAGCGACCAACUGUAGUUACUGAUAGUGGUUUUCUGAAGUGUUCCUGAGCCCAUGUGGUGAUGUCCUUUACACACUGAUAUCGGUUUUUGAUGCAGUACCGCCUGAGGGAUUGAAGGUCACGGGCAUUCAAUGUUGGUUUUCGGCGUUGCCGUGAUUUCUCCAGAUUCUCUGAACCUUUUGAUGAUAUUACGGACCGUAGAUGGGGAAAUCCCUAAAUUACUUGCAAUAGCUGGUUGAGAAAUGUUGUUCUUAAACAAUUUGCUCACGCAUUUGUUCACAAAGUGGUGACCCUCGCCCCAACCUUGUUUGUGAAUGACUGAGCAUUUCAUGGAAGCUGCUUUUAUACCCAAUCAUGGCACCCACCUGUUCCCAAUUAGCAUGUUCACCUGUGGGAUGUUCCAAAUAAGUGUUUGAUGAGCAUUCCCCAACUUUCUCAGUCUUUUUUGCCACUCGUGCCAGCUUUUUUGAAACAUGUUGCAGGCAUCAAAUUCCAAAUGAGCUAAUAUUUGCAAAAACUAACAACGUUUACCAGUUCGAACAUUAAAUAUCUUGUCUUUGCAGUGUUUUCAAUUGAAUAUAAGUUGAAAAGGAUUUGCAAAUCAUUGUAUUCUGUUUUAUUCACCAUCCACACAAUGUGCCAAUUUCACUGGUUUUGGGUUUUGUAAAUAUAAAACAUUCUAUGAGGAUAAAGUGAUUUUUGUUUUGUUUGUAUUGAUAUUUUAAGUGACCUUUAAAGAGUUGCUUUUGGACUGCAACAUUUUAUUACAUCAUUCCUGACCCCCCCCCC